AUGGAUUCACCACACCACAUGGGCAUUCGCGAGCUCAAUGUGAGCAACUGGCACUCUCACAAUGCCCUUACCGAUACCUUCAAUCAUGCGGUCCCCGCAAUCAAGACAAGCGCAGCCUUCUUCACAUUUCUCCGCGCCAACUUGGUCCUGAACCCAUCCGCCAUGUCAUCCAACACCAACACACCCGUCCUCCAGCCUACGGUGGCUUCCAAUACCCACCGCCCGGCAGCCCCGUCUCCGCUGGCAACAUCUCAGACUCUCGACCCCUUUGACGACAUCCCUCCUUUGUCGCUCGAGGUCCUCUCCACCCGCGAGGAUAAGGCCGAAGCCCUCCACCUCGUAGCAGACUCCAUCGCCCAGCAGCGCCAACAGGCCGCCUACUCACUCGUCUUCCACCCCGUCCCGCUCGCAGGCCUCGCAGCGACCCUCGGCGUCGCCUACCAGUACUCCUACGCACGCCAAGGCGACAUCGGCCUAGCCUUCACCCUCUUCAGCGGCGUUAUCAUGACCUACCUCCUCGCUAUCCGCUGGGCGACGAGCGGCUACCUGCCCCUCGCAGAGCAAAUGUCCUGGUCCUUCAUCCGGCCCCACCCGGACGCCUCCGCCGACGAAGAGGACCUCGUCCUCGGCACCCGCUUCGGGAACGAGCUCGUCGGCGCCUUAGUGCUGCACCUGGAGCCCGCGAGCCCGGCCGUCGCCUCCACCUUCGGCAGCCGGCGCCGCAACAAGGCCUCGAGCUUCCGCGGCGGAAAGGGCAUCAUCCGCGCCUGGACGACGAAGCUCCGGUACCGCGGUAAAGGCGUCGGCACCGACAUGCUCGACGAGGCGGUCCGCAUCACGCGCGAGCGGUGCGGAAAGGACGCAGAGGUCGGCUUCGCGCUCGAGCACGCCAACAGCCGCAUGGUCAUGCCCGAGUUCUUCAACGGCGUGUUUAGGAAGCGCGAGCGCUGGGCCGCCAAGACACUCGAUGGCGUGUUGGCUGAGCGGGAGCUCACCAAGAAGAAGAGGUGA